AUGGCCUCAGAUUCCAGAAGUCGCAGUAAUCUCUUCAUUUAUUUAUUGACUAAUUUUUGUAUAUUUUCUGUAUUUAUUUCUGCUGAAAAUCGAAUUAAAAGAGGCCAAUCUGUAAGAGACGGAGAAGAAAUUAUAUCGAAAGAAGAAAGAUUUGUAUUGGGAUUCUUUAGUCCAGAGGAUUCUGUUCUUAGGUAUGUUGGAAUCUGGUACAAUGAUGUUGAAAAUCAAACAGUGGUGUGGGUGGCAAAUAGAGAAAAUCCCAUCAGUGGCAACGGUGGAGAUUUAAGAAUUGGAAAUGAUGGGAAUUUGAUCAUAUUGAAUGGAAAUGGUGAUGUGAUCUGGUCCACCAAUGCAACAGUUGCCUCAGAUAAUUCCUCUGCUGUUUUAAUGGAUACUGGUGAUCUCGUUCUUUUUGGGAGUGGUGAUCCAAAUAAGGCUUUAUGGAAGAGUUUUGUUCAUCCAACAGAUACAUUUUUACCCGAUAUGCGAGUUUACAUAAAUCUCAGUGAAGGGGAGAGGCACGUUUUCACCUCAUGGAGAAGUGCUAGUGAUCCGAGUGUUGGAAAGUACUCUUUAGGCGUUGAUCCUCGUGGAUCGCCUCAGAUCGUGAUAUGGGAAGGGACUAGUCGAAAAUGGAGAAGUGGGAAUUGGAAUGGACUAAUAUUUAUUGGUGUUCCAGGGAUGAGGGCUAUAUAUUUGUAUGGAUUUAAGCUAAACAAUGACGGCGAUGGAAAGUGGUACUUCACAUAUACGCCCUCGAAUAGUACUGAUUUGAUCAAGUUUUGGAUUCGAUGGGAUGGAAUCGAAAGGCAAGAAAGAUGGAAUGAUGGGCUCGAAAAAUGGGAUUUGAUACAAUCACACCCUGUUGAUAAUGAAUGUGAUCGGUAUAACAAAUGUGGACCUUUUGGAAAAUGUGAUAAAAAGAAGAGGCCAGUUUGUAGUUGUAUUGAAGGGUAUGUACCCCGAGAUUUGGAUCAAUGGACUAGAGGGAAUUGGUCAGGUGGAUGCACGAGGAGGAAAAAUAUGGAGUGUUUAUCCGAGGAGAACAGAGAUGGCUUUUUCAAGGCUGAACAAGUGAAAUUGCCCGAUUUUGUGGAUUAUGUGGGACCAGAAGAUGUUAAGGAGUGUGAAAAUAAGUGUUUGGAGAAUUGUUCUUGCACUGCAUAUGCUUUUGUUAGUGGCAUAAACUGCAUGAUUUGGAGUAGGGAAUUUAUCGACCUCGUACAAUUUGAUGAAGGUGGUAGUACUCUGUUUGUUCGUCUUGACCGUUCUGAAUUAGGUGGCAAUAGUAAGGUGAUGAAAGUUGUUAUUAUAGCAGUUGUUUUGGGGGGAAUCUUUUGUCUAUGUGCUUCAAUCUGGCUCUGCAGGCCCAAAAUGAAAUUCGGAGACCAUUUAACCGAGAAGAACAAUGAAAUGCCAAAAUUCAGUCCAAGUGGUGAGUUUUCCAGCGAAUUUUCUGGACCGGGUGACCUUAGUGUUGAAGGGCCACCAGGAACAGGAACUGAAUUAGCCUUGUUCAACUUCUCGUGUGUGGCAGCAGCUACAAACAACUUCUCAGAUGAGAACAAACUUGGACAAGGAGGAUUUGGACAUGUUUACAGGGGUAUGCUACCGGGGAAUCAAGAAAUCGCUGUAAAGAGGCUCUCGAGAAAAUCCAGUCAAGAUAGGGUUGUGGGGACAUAUGGUUACAUGGCGCCAGAAUAUGCAAUGGAAGGCCUCUUUUCUGUGAAGUCAGAUGUUUACAGCUUCGGGGUAUUGCUAUUAGAGAUAGUAUCUGGCCGAAGGAACACUAGCUUUCGCAAAACAGAUCACUCGAACAUUAUUGGAUAUGCGUGGGAUCUUUGGGACGGAGGCCGAGCAAUUGAGUUAGUCGAUCCUUCCAUCAUAAACUCAUGUAACCGAGAAAAAGUGCUUCGAUGCAUACAUGUAGGCAUGUUGUGUGUUCAAGACACAGCAAGUCACAGACCGAACAUGCCGGCCGCUGUAUUGAUGUUGGAGAGUGAAAAUGCAAAUUUGCCUAUGCCAAGACAACCUAGUUUUACUUCAAUGAGACAUUCUGGGAAUGCAGAUAUGUGGAAUGGGAAUCAUGAUGUUGUAACCUCAAACAAUGUAACUUUUAGUGUCAUUAUAGGUAGAUAA